AUGCGACUUGCUUUAGUUGCUUCCAUUAUUCUUGCUUCAACUAUAAUACGCAAAACAAAAGAACAACAGAGACACAAAUCGAUCCAUUCUUCAAGAGGACAUGUCUUCCCUCCUAAAAACUCAAAAGUCGAAAGGGCAAUACGAAAGAUCAUCAAAAAUGGCUUCCUAUGGAGGGACAACACAAAAGUGGCUUGUUUUCGAUGUCACCAUUGCAAAAGCACCCUCAAGUUAAGUAAUUACAGCUCUUUUGAAGGAGUAUUAUACUGUCAACCUCAUUUCGAUCAGCUCUUCAAAUUGACUGGCAGUUUGGAUAAGAGUUUUGAAGGUACCCCUAAAACUGUUAGAGUUGAUAGAUCUUCUGAUCAGGGGCAAUCUAACAGUAAAGUAUCGAGUAUGUUUGGUGGAACACAAGACAAAUGUGUUUCUUGCAAGAAAACCGUCUACCCAAUUGAAAAGGUGGGUGUUGAUGGAAAUGCAUACCACAAGGCAUGUUUCAAGUGUAGCUAUGGAGGGUGUCAUAUAAGUCCAUCAAACUACGUGGCUCAUGAGCAUCAGCUUUAUUGCAAGCAUCACCAUGCACAGCUUUUCAUGGCGAAGGGAAAUUUCAGUCAAUUUGACAAGCAACAUGAACCAAAUCAUGGAGUGCCCAAUGGGGUGACUGAGAACACAACCGAAGUUUGA